UCUCCUCCAUCAGUUCUCCAAAUUCCCAAUUCCAAAUCGUUCGUUUCGUUUCUCUCAGAUUGAAGAUGUUGGCCAUUUUCGACAGGCAAUCGGUGCAGCCGCCGUCGGAGCUCCACAGUCCGGCGUCGUUUCGGCUCCCGACUUCGAACCCGAAGCUUCCUCGCGAGAUUCUCCACCAUUUCACUUCCUCCGGAGCUCUCUCUGUUUCCUUCGGAAAUGCAGCGUCGCUCGCAUUCGAUCCGUCGGCAUCCCGAUCCACUCCCCAACAAACGUUAUUUUGCGGGCUGGAUGAAAUGUACUGCAUAUUCAUGGGGAGUUUAAACAACUUGAGCCGCUUGAACAAGCAGUACGGGCUUUCAAAAGCCACAAACGAAGCCAUGUUCGUGAUCGAGGCUUAUCGGACCCUCCGAGACCGCGGCCCGUACCCGGCGGAUCAGGUCCUGAAGGAUCUGGAAGGCAGCUUCGGGUUUGUGCUUUUCGACGCCAAAUCCGGCUCUGUAUUUGCAGCUCUGGAUGCGAAUGAAGGGGUGAAUCUCUAUUGGGGCAGUGCGGCCGAUGGCUCUCUUGUAAUUUCCGACAACUUGGAGGUCAUUAAAGCUGGGUGUGCCAAGUCAUUUGCCCCAUUUCCACCUGGUUGUAUGUUCCACAGUGAGAGAGGCCUUAUGAGUUUUGAGCAUCCGACGAAGAAGAUGAAGGCAAUGCCUAGAAUCGACAGCGAGGGGGUGAUGUGUGGGGCUAACUUUAAGGUUGAUGUCCAAUCGAGGGUUCACAGCAUGCCACGUGUUGGAAGUGAGGCCAACUGGGCAACCUGGGGAUCACAUGCCGCCUGAAACAUAUUUUGAUUUCUGACUUCUUUUUUUUUUCUUAAUUUUAAUUUUCUAAUUUCUGGUUUUUUUCCUUAAUUUCGGUUUGUGUAUAUAUAUCUGGCAAUACACUUUCGAGUUGUCUGUAAGUUUCGAUCGAUGAAAUGAAAAAAUGUCUUAUCAUUUUACAUAAGAGGAUAAUUUAAUAU